GUUAAAAGGGGGGAAAGAAAGUGUUCAGUCCAGGGUAUUGUAAACAUCAAAUUACACGGGGGCUAAUUUUAUCAUACUCCCCAAGUCACGACAAAAAAAAUAAAUUGGCACGAUGGAGACUUUUACCACAGCAGUCACGGCGGCAGUCUCGAUUGUUGCGGAGGUGAGCACGAGCCUCGAGGAGUACAAAUGGAUGCUUAUUGUGGGCUUCAUCAUCGCCUUCGUCCUCGCCUUCUCGGUGGGGGCCAACGACGUGGCGAACUCGUUCGGCACGGCUGUGGGCUCGGGCGUGCUCACGCUGCGUCAGGCGUGCAUCCUGGCGUCCGUGUUCGAGACGGUGGGCUCGGUGCUACUCGGCGCCAAGGUGGGGCAGACCAUCCGCAACGGCAUCGUCGACGUGAACCUUUACAACGGUUCCGAGUCCACGCUGAUGGCGGGCCAGGUCAGCGCCAUGGUUGGUUCGGCCGCCUGGCAGCUGAUCGCAUCCUUUCUGAAGCUUCCCAUCUCUGGCACGCACUGCAUUGUGGGUGCCACCAUAGGAUUCACGAUGGUGUCCAUGGGUGCGGGGAGCGUGCAGUGGACGAAACUUAUCAGCAUCGUGGCCUCGUGGUUUGUAUCCCCUCUGCUUUCUGGCAUCAUGUCGGCCAUCUUCUUCUUUAUGGUGCGGUUCUUCAUUCUCAACAAGGAUGACCCGGUUCCCAACGGUUUGCGUGCUUUGCCCUUGUUUUACGGAGUUGUCAUGUGGGUCAACUGCUUUUCCAUCCUGCUGACUGGCCUGCCUCUUCUGGGCUUCGAGCUGCCUAUCUGGGCGCUGGUUCUGGUCUCGCUGACCUUCGCCGUUGCCUGUGGCCUCGUCGUCUGGUUCAUUGUCUGCCCCCGCAUGCGGCGGAAGAUCGAGAAGCACUUGAAGACGAGCUGUGGGCCGGCGCCGGGUGCGGACGAGGGCGUGGAGCUGGGCUUGUUUUCCAACGGUAAUAACGUCUCCGUGGAGGUGAAGCCGAAGCCUGCGGGCGAACCCGGUGCCAAGACGGCCUUCCGCUUGGGCGACGACGACUCUGAGGAUGGCGAGCCGCACGUGGACGUGGCGCCGGUGGAGGCGAACGGGAUCGCGGGCAAGACGCUGGGGUUUGCGGAAGACGAGCUGUCUGGGAAUAAGCCGCGCAACGGAUUUGCCCACCGCGAUCGGAGCAUGAGCAACAGCUGCGCCAACGGCAAGCCGAGUCACUCGGAGCUGAUGGCAAACGGAGUGGCAAGCUUAGCAGACGGACACUACCACACGGUGCACAAGGACUCUGGCCUCUACAAAGACUUAUUGCACAAGAUGCACUUGGACCGUGUUCUGGAGUCUGGUCCUCCCGAGCAACCGGUGUACAAACCCAUCCGGCGCAACAACAGCUACACGUCGUACACGGCCGCCAUCUACGGGCUGCCACUGGACGGCUCUAAGCACGCGGAGGUGGGGUCGUCGCGGGGUCACCUGGGUGAGGACGGGGCGCCGUCCGGCCGCAAGGCACGCGUACGCUAUGACAGCUACUCCAGCUACUGCAACGCUUUGGCCGACGACGGCGUCAUCCAGCCCAUCCCGGAGAAAGAGGGCGCAAUCGGCAACGGCACUGCGGUCGUCCCCAGCAAUGGGGUAGUCGCCGUGGCAACCAAAACGGGCAGCGGCUCUACAUCCUCGACGGCAACAGAGGGAUCGCUGGACGGGGAGGACAAGGACCGGCCCGAGGUGUACAUGCUGUUCCACUUCCUGCAGAUCCUCACCGCCUGCUUCGGCUCAUUUGCGCACGGAGGCAACGACGUCAGCAAUGCCAUCGGUCCCCUGGUCGCCCUGUGGAUCAUCUACUCAACUGGCAGCGUGAACCAGGAAGCGGCAACACCCGCGUGGCUGCUGCUCUUUGGCGGCGUGGGCAUCUGCCUCGGUCUGUGGGUGUGGGGCCGCAGAGUCAUCCAGACGAUGGGCAAGGACCUGACGCCCAUCACUCCCUCGAGUGGUUUCAGUAUAGAGCUGGCUUCUGCGAUGACGGUGGUGAUCGCUUCGAACAUCGGUCUGCCCAUCAGCACGACGCACUGCAAGGUUGGCUCUGUGGUGUCUGUCGGUUGGCUGCGCUCACGCAAGGCUGUCGACUGGCGCCUUUUCCGCAACAUCUUCAUGGCUUGGUUUGUCACAGUUCCCAUCUCGGGGCUGUUCAGCGCCGGGGUCAUGGCGCUCUUCGUGUAUGGAAUCCUGCCCUUCGUCUAGGCGGAGGAGCGGCACGGUGCCACUCAACCGCCGCCGGUCUGCGUCUCGUCACCCAACGCCCUCAAUUUAACCAUGAAAUCAAAUCGCUAAAAAAAUAAUCGUCCUCAGCUAGCCGCUAAAGCAAAGGUUGUGCGGGUGUGGUCGAUUUUUAAAAGUGACGCGCGUACAUUUUAAAGGAACAUGUCCUUUUGUUUGGAACAAAGAGAUGACAAAAAAGACGCAGGCAUUGCAGUUAAACACUAAGGGAUCCAUACUAGUGCCGCUUUACAUAAAGGAAGCGUGAAACUGCGCUUCAAAAGCACAACGCCUGUGCCCCCUCUGCCUGUCAAACGUGGACCAGUGUAAAACCGUGCGCAGUGUUGUGUCAAGUUGGCUUGUAAAUUACCGGAGUGAUCCGCCCUGCCUGUGCACGUGCCCAGCGUCGUUGUGUGCGCAGAUAAGUGUCUUUUGCUGUGCAAAUUUGUACAUCUUUGUAGCCGUGUCGGGCUUUAAUGUUCCACGUGAUCGCGUCUUCGCAGAGGAAGCCCUUGGCCUUGACAUAGUUUGCAUUUUUAACAACUUAUUGCGUGUCUUGACGGCAACCAUCGUGCGUUUUGCCUUUUUAGACUGGCAAAACCGACCAAGUGUUACAAAUAUUAAGAAGAGGAAAAUAAAGUCGCCAAUAUCGCAUGGCAAAUAUAUUUGCAGGUGGGGGGGAAGGAGGGUAACUUGACCCGUGUUAGAUUGGCAUCAAGUCUCACUCCGCAACUGCGGCACAGGCUUGGGUUUGUGUUCUUGUUCAAACGUCUCUCCUAAGCCUGUGGGGUUUUUUAUUUCUCGGUUUGAAAACUAAAAAUGAGCGGCUUACCCACUUGUAAUAGAUUUAUUUCUCUAUAGCCCCCCCCCACUACCCCUGCCGGCCUUACCUAUUCCCUGCAUAAUCAGUGUUUUGUUUCAAAUGAGUCACAAGAUCAGUAUAACAAAAAUGAAUUGGAUAGGGAGGGGGAAGUAUGUGAUUGAGGUUGUAAGGAAAGGCCCCCUCGGGAAAAAAAAUGAAUUGGAUGUUAGAAAGAUGAACAAAGCAAAGACUUGUUCUGCUUUGUCUGGAAAUGGAAAUGCUAGUUCUCGUGCGUUUUUAAAUAUUGUUAUCUGGCACUGUUGAGGUUGAAAAAGUUCUGGAGGAAUACGAACUCUCCUUGUUUGUGUAAAAUGUGGACGUUUUCUGUAUUUGGUGUCAAACGGUGAAGUGCUUUGGGGUCCCCUCUCCUAGCUCAUGAUGUACUAUGGCACCGAGUGAGUAGCUUUGCCACGGUUUGAUUGGUACGUGUGUUUUGCAUUUUCAGCUUUGUACAUUGCAACGUUUUUGCUUUAUUGUGUUUGACUUCUGUAGGGUUUAUCUUUUUGACAAAGGAGGGGGGGGGGUUUGCUCUUGGAAAGAUUGUGGAUGGGUUUAGACCCACGGGUUGUUCCCAAAUUUUAUUUCAUUUUAAUUUUCGUGUUCGACACUUAUCUUUUUUUUUUCGUUCCAUCAAUCUUGAAUUUGUGUGACGGCUUAUUUUGGGGUUGACGCACACAUUUUGAGACAAAUGUGUGUGUGCGCGCGCAUUGUGGUUCGCGUUGGAGAGGUUUUGAAGGCUGGCAGAGGUUAAAUUUGAGCGCUCUUUUUUUUGCAAGCCUUUCAUUUCUCACCGGGGCGUUGAUGUCAACGCCUUUUUUGUCUUUGCAGGGUAACUUAAGCAGUAUUUUGAAACUCCCAGUUUGGCACUUUGAACGGUCUUUUGUUGCUAAAAUGACACCACAUUACAUUUCCAUGCAAUUAAAUGUGCUUGGAUUAACCAGAAUUUUUUGUUCCCGAGCCCCGGGCAUGUAUUGUGUGGCUCGAUGGGUGGAGGCGGGGGGACACCAUUGUGUAGUCUGGAACCAGUGAAUGUUGCCAAACCUCAGACGCGGUGUUUUUUGUUCAGUUUUUUUUGUAUAUUCCCUGUGCGAAGCAAUCCCACCCAAGUAACGGUCUACCUUUUUUUAUUUUUAAACUCUCCCCAAGCCGACAAAAAAACCACCCUACUGCAGUCGUGUGCCAGAAUGUUAAUGCAGUUUGGCCAAAGCAAGAUACAAGUCCCCUACGUGGAAUUAAUUUGCUGGUAUCGCGCAGUGCGUGUGUGGUGUGGCUGCCUGUAUAUACUACAGCCAGCAUUGCCUUUUUUAGGUGGUGCAAAUUUCAAUAAAUACCUGGUGAAAUCCUA